AUGGGUGUGCAACCGCCUUCAAAGGUGGCGUUAGGCGUCGGUCUCUUGGUCACCGACCCGACCCGCCACGCCCAGACAAUCUACAGCGUCAACGGUCGUUACAAAGAAAUCGAAGCAGAGAUCAUGGCCACCACGGCAGUCGCGAUGGGUUUCAAGAGCAUCGAGGAGACCGAGGCGGGGAGGUUCCAGGAGCUGGUCAAGGCUUCUCAAGAAACGUUGUAA